AUGCCUCUCAACCUCCUCUCCAAAAAAUCCUGGAACGUCUACGCCCCCGCAAACAUCGAGCGCGUCAAGCGCGAUGAAGCCGCCGCCGCAGCCCGAGAGGCAGAAGCCGAGCGCCGCAUGCAGGAAGCCGACGCCGAACGGCGCAUCGCUAUACUACGAGGCGAACAGCCGCCUCCCCUCCCGGUAGAGGACGUUGAGAAGCCAGAGCGGAAGAGGGAUAGGGACGGCGAUAGGGAGGGGAGAGGGGGUGAGCGAAAGAGAAGACGGCUGGCGGGCGAAGACGACACGGACCGGGACCUACGGCUCGCGAGGGAAGACGCCGCGAAAGUUGCUGCGGCGAGGGGGACAGCGCUAACGUCUACGGGUGGGAAGAAGAGCGGGACAAGCGACGCGCCGCUCAUGGACCGCGACGGGCACAUCAGCCUCUUCCCCGUUGACCCACGGGCGCUGCACCGCGCGGAGAAGAAUGCGGAAGCCGAGGCAGAGAAGGCGAAGAAGAAGCUGGAGCUCGAAGAUCAGUACACCAUGCGCUUCUCGAACGCAGCAGGAAAGGCAGGCCUGGAGCGGCCGUGGUACGCUGAUGCUGCGGCGAGGGAUGUACGGAGUGGUAGCGUGGGGCUUUCAAGAGAGGGGUUGGGGGAGGUGGGAAAGGAUGUUUGGGGGAAUGCGGAUCCGGGGAGGAAGGAGAGGGAGAGGAUCAGGGCGGGGGCGAGUGAUCCGUUGGCGUUUAUGCAGAGGGCGCAGACGCAGCUCAAGCAAUCGGAAAGGGAUCGGCUGAAGUGGGCGGAGGAGAGGGAGAGAGAGGUGAGGGCGUUGGAGGAACGGGAAGCGCGUCGGGAGAGACGCAAAAGGCGCCGUGCACGUUCUGAGAGAGAAGAAGACCACCUUGAGGGCUUCAGCUUGGAUGCAGCGGUGGAUCUGCGUAUUGAUGGCGCGCAAUCUAAGUCGCACCGCCGUGGACGGUCAAAGCAUGAGCUGCACAGGAGCGGGAGCAGAAGCAGGAGCCGGACAAUGAGCGGAGACGGACACAACGACCACGGUAGGUUAGAUCGCCGCUCGCGGAACCGCAGCAGAAGUCAUGACCAGGACAGGGAAAGGAAGCCUGGCCACCGGUCCGGCCAUAUUUACGAGCGCCCUUCGCGCGGCAGUGGCACGCUGGCGGAGUCACUUCUGGCUCGAUUUGAUAUGCCGCAGUGA